AUGGCUUCUUACUUGCAAGAACCCAUUGCUAUUGUCGGAAGCGGGUGUCGUUUCCCAGGAGAAGCUAACACGCCCUCAAAACUCUGGGAACUUCUUAAGAGCCCUCGAGAUGUAUCUGCUCCAAUUCCUGCAAGUAGAUUCAACAUUGAUCGUUUCUAUCACCCUAAAGGCUCCCAUCACGGGACUACUAAUGUUAAGGGCGCGUAUUUUCUAUCUGGUGAUCCACGCCAUUUUGAUGCUCCAUUCUUCAAUGUAUUACCUUCAGAGGCGGAUUCGAUGGAUCCACAGCAUAGGAUGUUGUUAGAGGUGUGCUACGAGGCAUCCGAAUCGGCUGGUAUUACCUUGUCAAACCUACAGGGAUCUGAUACUGCUGUCUUCAUCGGAUUGAUGGGCUAUGAUUAUUGCGGAAUUGCUAGUCGAGAUCCAAAUUACAUACCAACAUACCUAGCUUCUGGGACUGCUAACAGCAAUGCUGCUGCUCUCAUUUUGAUUGCCAUGGGCCGUCCAUGCUCGUCAAGUCUCGUCGCGGUACACCAAGCCGUACAGGUCUUGAGAGAUGGAGUUUCUAGGAUUGCAAUUGCAGCUGGAACAAAUUUAUUACUGGACUCGGGGAAUUUCAUCACCGGGAGUAAAAUGAACAUGCUCUCUCCUACCGGCCAUUCUAGAAUGUGGGAUGCGGACGCGGAUGGUUACGCCCGAGGAGAAGGUGUCAGCGCUGUGAUUCUCAAAACUUUACGUUCUGCUAUCGAGGAUGGUGAUGAUAUCGAAUGCAUCAUUCGAGAAACCGGAAUCAAUCAAGACGGAAAAACGACAGGUAUCACAAUGCCCAGUGCAUCUGCACAAGCAGCGUUGAUCAAGUCAACCUACACGAAGGCCGGGCUCGACCUGUUAAACAAGCACGACCGUUGUCAGAAGCUCACGGAACAGGCACACCGAUCUCAACAGGCUGGCGAUCCCCAAGAAGCGCAAGCUUUGUGCAAAGCUUUUUUCGGUCACGGUAAGGAAGAUCCUAACGAAAUUUUGUAUGUUGGAUCCGUGAAAACGAUUGUUGGUCACACGGAAGGGACCGCUGGUGUUGCUGGGAUUCUGAAAGCGUCUCUUGCCCUUAAACAUGCUAUAAUACCCCCAAAUCUUCUUUUAAACCGACUAAAUCCAGACAUUGAGCCAUUUUAUACUAACAUGCGAAUCCUCAACACGGCUCAACCUUGGCCAGCAGUUGUGGAGAAUAAUCCUCGACGCGCAAGUGUUAAUAGUUUUGGCUUUGGGGGAACAAACGCGCAUGCCAUACUUGAGAGCUAUGAAUCGAGUAGUCCUUCGAUUACAGAUCCUAGGACGGAAGACCCGCCACUUGUGCCUUUCCUAUUCUCAGCAGCUUCUGAAAAGUCGCUUGAGGGUGCUAUAAUGUCAUACGUUGCAUACCUUCAAGAUAAUCAAUCAACUGAUAUUCGUCGGCUGGCUUAUACACUGAGUUGCAGACGGACAGCGUUUCCUGUGAAAGCUUCGUUUUCGGCCUCGACAGGCGCAGAGCUUUGCAAUUCCAUGCAAGAAAGUUUACAGCAAAGCUCUACCGAACGUAAAACAAUAGGUGUACGUUCAUCUCAAGGUGGAUCGAUUCUUGGCGUUUUCACUGGUCAAGGAGCACAAUGGGCCCUGAUGGGGAUCCAUCUAAUCGAGUCUUUUGACAUCGCUCAAAUCAUUAUUGAAAAACUCGAUCGGUCGUUAGAAGCACUCCCUACGUCCGAUCGUCCGGAUUUCAAAAUUCUUGCAGAGCUUUCCGCAGAAAAAUCUUCAUCGCGUCUAGCAGAAGCAAUCUUUUCUCAGACUCUCUGUACUGCUGUGCAAAUUGUUAUUGUGGAUCUCCUCAAGAGCGCUGGUAUUGUGUUCAAAGCUGUUGUCGGGCAUUCUAGCGGCGAGAUAGUUGCAGCUUACGCAGCUGGGUUUAUUACUGCCUUCGACGCCGUCCGAAUUGCGUAUUAUCGCGGACGUUGUGCCGCCUUGGCUUCUGGUGAAGGGGAUUUGGCUGGAGCGAUGUUAGCUGUGGGCACUUCCUUUGAAGAUGGAAAAGAAAUGUGCGAAUUGGAAGAUUUUGAAGGCCGCAUCAACGUUGCAGCCUGCAACUCGCCAUCGAGCAUUACCCUUUCUGGGGAUAUUGAUGCGAUUGCCGAAGUUCAAGUUGUCUUUGAAGAAGAGGGAAAGUUUGUCCGGCCUUUGAAAGUCAAUACCGCUUAUCACUCGCAUCAUAUGCUCCGGUGCCAGGACUCUUAUAUAAAACUUCUACAGCAAUGCAACAUCCAGGUUUCUGAUCCGGCAGAGGGAAGUCCUAUCUGGUACUCGAGUGUAGAUGGCGGUGCACGUGUGGAAAUAAGUGAUGCGCUGAAGGCUUCCUAUUGGGUGGAAAACAUGGUCAGCCCGGUUCUCUUCGCUCAAGCCAUUGAAUGUGCAAUAGAAGAAUGCACGCAAUUUGAUGUUGCACUAGAGAUUGGACCUCACCCAGCCUUGAAAGGUCCUGUGCAACAAACAAUCGAACAACUAGGCGCUGAGGCAAUACCAUACUUUGGUGUCUUAAACCGCGGAAAGAAUGAUCUUAAAUCCUUCCUGGAUUGUAUUGGCUCAAUUUGGACUCACUGUGGUAGUUCAACCUUGGAUCUUUCUGCUUUCCAAAAGUUACACUAUGGUAAUGAGCAACACGCGCUUCCAUUGAAAGAUAUGCCGUCCUACGCUUGGAACCAUGAGAGGGAAUACUGGAAUGAGUCACGUGCCGGCAAGCAGUACCGCACCCACGAGACCGCAAUCCAUGAGUUUUUAGGUAGACGAACGACAGACGGAGUUGAGGACGAAUGGCGGUGGGAAAACGUGCUUCGAACGCGAGAGAUAUCUUGGCUUUCUGGACAUGCGCUUCAAGGGCAAACAGUAUUUCCAGCCACUGGUUACAUUGCACUGGCCAUGGAAGCAGCAAUGCAGAUAGCAGCCGGACGUCCAGUGAAAUUGAUCGAGCUUGUUGACCUCGUUAUCAACAAGGCAAUCACAAUCGACGACGACAACGGCGCUGAGAUCGUUGUGAGCAUGUCAAAUAUAAUGACCAUUGGCAAAAACUUUAUCACUGCUAAUUAUACAUCUUACUCUUCUGUCAGCAAGAGCUCUGGAAAGAUGGCUAUCAGCGCCUCAGCUCGUGUUGAAAUAAAUCUGGGCGAGGAAGACGUAGAAGUACUCCAAAGCCCAGCAAAGUUAGACCUGACGAUGUCUGACGUAGAUGUUAACGACUUCUACAACAACCUUUCUGAGCUUGGGUACGGCUACUCAGGUGAUUUCAGGGCUAUGGGAUUGCUUUCUCGGCGUUCAGGAACAGCGAGUGGUACUAUUCUGCCCCCAGCCGAGGACCACACAGUGUCUAAAAUGUACUUUCACCCUUCAAUGCUCGACACUGCCUUACAGGGUAUGUUUGCUGCUUUCAGUGCCCCAGGAGACGGUAGGCUCUGGAGUCUGCAUGCACCUACCGGAAUGCAGCGAGUCUCAAUAGUUCCUUCACUUUGUAUCGAGAAUAUCGCCAAAACUGUUUCCUUUGAUUGCUCGAUAUCUACAGCCAUUUCCAACAAUAUUACCGGGGACAUCAGUGUCUAUUCUACGGACGAAAAGCAAACAGUCAUUGCAAUUGAGGGUCUUGUCUGUCGACCAUUCUCACCAGCUACACAGGCAGAUGACUGCGCAAUGUUUUCGGAGAUGGUGUGGGAUGUAGCGACGCCAGAUGGCGAAAUCCUGGUUCGCAAUAUCGAGCGUGCUACUCCGAGCCAGUUGAGUAAAGCAUGCGACUGCGAACGUGUCGCACUCUAUUACCUGAGAUCUCUGAAUGAGUCUAUCACUCCAUCCGAGCGCAUUGCGCUUGAAAUUCCUCCGCAUCACGAAGCGCUUCUGGAUAGCGCAAACCAUGCCACCGAACUUGUCAUGAAUGGAAAGCACACUUACGCUCAAAAGAGCUGGGUCAAUGACACUCACGAACAGAUCUGUUCAGUCAUGGAUUCUUACGGCUCUGACCCUGAUUUUAAUAUAAUGCGCGCAGUCGGUGAGAAUCUUCCAGCAGUCGUUCGAGGAGAAACAACUAUUCUUGAACAUAUGACGAAGGAUGAUAGACUAAAUGACUACUAUCAAAAUGCCCUUGGUUUCGAUAACGCCUAUGACGUACUAGCAGGUAUGGUUGCACAAUUAGUCCACAGGUUUCCUCAUAUGGACAUUAUAGAGGUAGGUGCCGGAACUGGAUCAGCAACCGCGCCAAUUUUAUCCCAGAUUGGGGCUGCCUUUUCUUCGUACACCUUCACGGAUAUUGGAGUCGGAUUUCUAUCUAGGGCCCAAGAUACAUUUAAGGAACACUCAAGCAAACUGAUAUACAAGACCCUGGAUAUCGAAAAGGACCCAACUUCGCAAGGUUUUAACGAACAUUCCUAUGAUGUGGUUGUGGCAGCAAAUGUACUUCACGCCACCCACACGCUAGAUGAAACAUUGAAGCACACAAGAAAGCUACUGAAACCCGGUGGUUAUCUCAUUCUCUUUGAGAUUGUCGACAACAUGGCCAUGCGUGUCGGUUUAGUCAUGGGGGGACUGCCAGGAUGGUGGGUUGGCAGAGAAGACGGCCGCCGAUUUGCGCCUACAAUUGAAUUACCCAAAUGGGACAAGCUCCUUAAAAAAGCCAAGUUCUCUGGUAUCGAUACCUACACUCCCCUCAAUGAUCCUCUCGUAUACUUUGCUUCUGUUUUCGUUUCCCAAGCGGUGGACAACACCACGACUUUGCUCAGGCGCCCGUUCUCGAAACACAACCAGAUAUCCAUCCCGAAUCUCUUACUCAUAGGAGGUGAUUCUAUGGAGACAUCUAGGCUCAUGGAAGACAUUGAACAACUAUUGCGUCCGCUUGCCAAAAAUAUUAUAACAGCUAUCACGUUGGAUGAGCUACAGAACAUCGAAGUGCCUCCUAUGUGUACCGUUCUGAGUUUAGCCGAACUUGAUAGUCCCUUGUUCAAAGACAUGUCGGAAGAUCGUUGGCAAGCUCUCAAGAACGUCUUGACUGUAGCUCGAAAUGUGCUGUGGUUGACUCGCGGUUGCCGUCGAGAUGAUCCCUAUGCUGCCAUGACCGUGGGCUUUAUGAGAUGCGUGACAUACGAGUUACCACAACUACGACAUCAACUACUUGAUGUGGAUCAUUCUAGGAUUGUCAAUGGCACAUUGUUAGCAGAAGUAUUGCUUCGCUUGCACGUCGACGAAGAGUGGGAUGGUAUGGACCACGAAAGAAAUGUUUUAUGGACAACAGAGACUGAAAUCAUGAUUGAGAAUGAAAAAUUCUUCAUUCCACGCAUAAAACCCCAAUUCGAGCAAAAUCAACGGUACAACUCCGCUAGGAGAACGAUCACUAAGGAUUCUAAUGUGAGCUCGUCGCUCGUCAAAUUAGACCGUUCGGAAACAGGAUAUUCACUUCGAGAAGAAAUCGUGCCUAUCAGGCAUGAUAACAAUACACACACGCUUGUCGACGUCGAUGUGUCGUUAGCAGUUGCAUUCAAGGUAUCGUCGACCCGUGCUUUCUUCAGUAUUGGCGUGAACAGCGAUACUGGAUCGAAAGUUCUAUCGGCAAGUCAACACAAUGCAUCAACUAUAUCUGUUCUCAAUGCAUGGUCGAUGCCUGUCAAUAUUAUCAGCGGCUUCGAAGCACAAUUUCUUUCUUUGGUGGCCGGAAGUAUGAUACUCCAGUACUUGUCGACUAUAAUGUCAGCGGGGGGUGUUCUACUGGUCCACGAACCAAGUCCAGCACUUGCAUCAAUAUUAUCAGAAGCGGACAGAUUUAAAGUCGCCUACACAACUUGUGACUCAGAUGCUAGUAAAGAGUGGAUUUACAUACAUCCACAGGGUUCGAGCCGAUACAUACUUCCAUUGCUACCAACGAACAUUUCUAUGUUCCUGGACAUGUCCACGGGCUGGGGCUCUAAUAGUGAGCCUCACGGCGUCGUGUCUAGAAUCUCGGCGGCGCUCCCGAAACUUUGCAGAAGGGAAAACAGUUCAACCUUUGUAUCAAGCGAUUCAUUUGUUCUGCCCGAUGAAGUCAUUUGCGACGCAUCCUUUUCUGCCGCGUUACAGAGUGCCAACACAUUUGCAGCAUCAUUAUUCUCAUCAGCCUCAUUCCCGGAUACUGAGACACUACCCGUGUUACCUCUUAAAAAUGCUGUCAGCGAGAUCCAACAACAUCCGAUGUCGAUUAUUAACUGGCGAUCGGACAAGUAUGUCUCUACCAUGGUAUCAACUAUUGAUGCUAGUAAUACUCUAUUUCGAGGGGAUAGGACGUAUUGGUUGGUCGGUUUAGCGGGCGAUCUUGGACAGUCAAUUUGCGACUGGAUGGCGGACCAUGGUGCCAGAUUUAUAGUCCUGAUGAGUAGAACUCGAAGAGUGGAGGACAGCUGGAUCCAGCAGCACAAGGCAGACGGGGUAACGAUAGCGUGGCUGGCCGGGGACGUAACAGACCAAACAGGUUUAGCGCAGGUGUAUGAGAAGAUCGCCUUAACUAUGCCAACUAUCGCAGGGGUAGCUAAUGGAGCGUUGAUCUUGCGAGACCAAGCCUUUUCAGAUAUGGACCUCGACUCCUUCCAGACAGUCAUCAAACCAAAGGUUGACGGCACGCUGUUUUUAAGUCAGCUCUUCCAAGAAAAUACGCUUGACUUUUUUAUUGCUUUUUCAUCCGUCGUUGCUACCAUGGGAAACAGCGGCCAAAGUGCAUAUUCAGCAGCGAAUGGAUUCACCAAAGCUUUGAUAAAUCAAAGACGAGAGCGUGGUCUGGCUGGCUCCGUCAUAGACAUCUCGAGGGUCGCAGGAGUUGGAUAUGUGGAGCGCGAGCUUAAAACAUCAGUCAUGUCAGAGAAACAGGUCAAAAGAUUGAUGAACGUAAGCCUGCCAAUGUCAGAAGCGGACCUCCAUCAGCUGUUUGCAGAAGCAGUAUUUUCCGGAAAGCCCGAUUCUGGACUCAAGUCGGAGCUCAUUUCAGGUAUCCGAACACUAACUGUCGACAACGAAAGUCCUGUCUUCUGGUUCAAACAGGUCAAAUUUUCGCACUUCAUUCAAAACCGAGAACAUGUUGGGGAUGACACUGGUAACAAGGUUACCAGAAUCCCCGUCAAAACAUUGCUACAAGCGGCCACAUCUCCUGAGCAUGCUGUCACUAUAUUACGCACUGCUUUCAUUGCGAAACUGAACUCGAGCCUGAAUCUCUCAAGCGACGAUUCUGUUGAUGGUAACAUGCCCUUGAUUGAGCUCGGGUUAGAUUCUCUGGUUGCGGUGGACAUUCGGACGUGGUUCUUACAAGAGCUCAAAAUUGAUCUACCAGUGUUGAAAAUAUUGGGUGGCGCAUCUGCUGUGGAUUUAAUUACACUUGCAGUUGAAAGACUUCCUGAAGAGCUGUUGCCGAAAUUUGGCGAGACACCUGCUCAUAAUACUAAGCCAAUCCUUCACGAUACAUCUGGACCAGUACAACCUGUACCUUCUCAACCCACUAAGCCAAUUCCCGAUGAGCAGUCGCCGAGGAGAGCUAAUGUCUUACAUGAACCCACGAUCUCAGCACCUUCGUCGGAGACCUCGACGUCGCCAUCUCAACCGUCCCCUCCGUCUGAAGCUUCAAGCCUUGGCGUGGAGUCUCAUAGUGACGAGGUUAAAACCCCGUCGUCAGAACCGGAGGUUGAUAAUAAGGAGGGAAAGAUGCUAGAAUCAAAAGUCCUUGGAACCCCCUCGAAGUCUGAGAUUCUACGCGUAGAGCCCAUGUCGUAUGGACAGUCAAGCUUCUGGUUUCUAGGUCGAUACCUAGAAGACUCAAUCAGCUUCAACAUCACUUUUUGGGUCAAAGUAAAAGGCAGCAUAGAUACACCUCGAUUAAGAAGAGCCGUAGAAUUGGUCUCGCAAAGACACGAGUCUUUGAGGACUUGGUUUUCCCAAAUUGAUGGGGACGACCCGACGCAGAACAUCAUGAAAGAAUCGACUUUUAAUCUAAAAGAGCAGCCUGUCAAGAGCGAAGACGAGUUUCUGUGCAUUUUCAAUGAUAUGAAAAACCAUGUAUACGACAUUGAAAACGGGGACACAAUCAGACUUACUUUGUGCGAAGAGUCUGUCGAUACCUGCUAUCUUCUUCUUGGAUUCCACCAUAUCUUGAUGGACGGGAUGAGCUCCGAUAUUCUCUUCGCAAACGUCCAACAGGCUUACAGAGACGGAGCAUUGCCUCCCAUACCACUCCAAUAUUCGACAUGGGCCGCACGACAGCGAUCUUUUGUUGAGAGCACUGAGUCUUCGCAGGAUCGAUUAUUCUGGAAGACAGAAUUUGCAACUAUUCCCACAGUCCUUCCUCUGUUUCCGAUCUCCGGAGUCAGCUCACGAAAAAUACUCAAGCGAUGGCAUAUGGUCAGAGCCAGUACUAAUCUUGGUAACGAUAUGACCAUGCGCAUCAAGGACAGAUGUCGGAGUUUGAAAGUCUCUCCCGCGUAUUUUCAUCUGGCCAUCUGGAAGACGCUUCUCUUCAGAUUCUUGAAAGUGGAUGAUAUAUGCAUUGGUGUGAACGACAUGAAUAGAACAAACGCAGAGGAUACUGGUGUAAUUGGAAACUUGAUGAACAUUCUCCCUGUUAGAUUCCAAUCAAACCCAACGCAGAACUUCCUUCAUGCAGUCAAGGAAGCUCGUACAAAAGUGAUGACCGCAAUCGGUCACUCGAAAGUACCCUUCAGUGUCAUCCUGAGCGACCUAGAUAUCAGCAGAGAUUCUACUUACACACCUGUGUUCCAAACGACUUUUGACUACCGGGAAACAUUCAAAAAAUCGUUUCUCGGACAAGAAGCAUAUUCACCACCUGAGGGCUUGGCUCGAAAUAGCAACGGUUAUGAUCUUAGCUUGGGCGCCCUGGAGUCGUUAGACGGCGAAUCUACCAUCUACCUAGGCGCUCAAAGCUCGAUCUACUCUCUAGCUGAUGCUGAAAUUAUCAUCAAGUCAUAUGUUCAUUUGUUGAAUUGCUUUACAGAGCAUCCUGCAACUAGGGUUUCUCGACCAUCUCUCUUCGCACCGGCUGAUAUAGCACACGGUCUCGAUAUUGGUACAGAAGCACCACUAGUUGCGGACUGGCCAGAAACAGUAAUUCACAAGAUUGAUGAGGCUGUGCAGGCUCAAGGCUCAUCUGUUUCCAUCAAAGAUGGGUAUGGAAACACUCUUACGUACUCAGAAAUGGAUCAUCGUGUCCAGGCGAUUGCAGCCUCGUUGAUGAAGUUGGGGACAGUAGAUUCUGCUUGUAUUGCUGUUUUCCAAGAGCCUACUGUCAAUUGGAUAUGCUCAAUGCUAGCAAUCAUGCGUGUUGGAGCUAUCUACGUACCACUAGACUACCGCAACGGCAUUUCUCGACUCGCCAGUGUUAUCAAAAGCUGUGAGCCGUCUGUGUUACUGAUUGACUCUGCCAACUCCGAUGAGGCGAAAAAUCUUGGCGUGGACAAGUCUCGAGUGGUCAACAUUUCGUUGAUAAAAACUUCAAACACAACUCAAGUUGCUAUUGCAGCAAAGCCCGAGACGGUGGGAGUUAUACUCUUCACUAGUGGUACAACGGGUGUACCAAAAGGUAUUAUGUUGAAGCAUUCUAGCCUCAAAAGCUCCAUCGAGGCAUUGACGAAGACGUACGGCCUCGGAAGGGAGGUCGUGUUACAACAAACGGCGUUUAGCUUCGACAUGUGCCUCGAUGAAAUAUUUGUAGCCCUCUGUAAUGGCGGUACACUUUUUGUUGUUGAUAACGCUCGUCGCGGAGAUUCUCACGCUCUUAUGGAUAUAAUUCGAAGCGAGGGAGUCACUUACACUCGCGCGACGCCACCCGAGUAUUCAUCUUGGAUUCGCCAUGGUGCAGAUCUUGUCCAUGAGAAUCGCACCUGGAGAUAUGCUUUUGCUGGCGGUGACUGGCUCACUGAUCGACUAUGCCAAGAGUUCCGUUCAUUGAAUUUACCUGACCUAAAGCUCUUCAAUUCUUACGGCCCUACGGAAAUUACUCUGUCUGCCGUAAAAAUUGAAGUCGAUUAUCACAAGAACUCCUCAGUGGAAGAAAAAAUUCCAAUAGGAAAGCCACUACCAGGAUACUCAAUCUACAUUCUUGAUUCCGAUCUACAGCCCGUGCCCCUCGGUAUCACUGGAGAAAUAGUUAUUGGUGGCUCUGGUGUAUCGCUCGGAUAUCUCAAUAACGAAGUUUUAUCUAACGAAAAGUUCGUCGCUAAUUCCUGGGCCACACACGAGUUUAUGACAAACGGAUGGACCAAAAUGUACCGCACCGGCGACAAGGGCAGUAUAACCUCUGAUGGCAAGGUGAUGUUCCAUGGCAGAAUGGAAGGGGAUCUGCAAAUCAAAUUGCGUGGCAUCCGGAUUGAGCUCGAGGAUAUUGAGAGUUCAAUCUUGCAAGCAUCAAAUAAAGUUCUCACUGAAGUUGUCUGUACCGUCCGCGGAGAUCCAGAGUUUAUUGUAGCGCACGCCGUUUUUGCCUCAACAUUCUCAACCGACAAUGAGUCUCGAAGUCUGUUUAUUCAGAAGUUACUUACAAAUCUACCGUUGCCUUCUUAUAUGAUUCCGGCUAUCAUUAUUCCAAUCGAUACUAUACCGUUAACAACACACUUGAAGAGAGAUCGUGCGGCUAUCGCUGCCCUUCCAGUUUCGCAUUCAAUUGUUGCCGAGGAUUUGGUGUCAGACCUCGAUUCUUUUGAAGCAGCGUUGAAAGAGCUUUGGGCAAUGGUGCUCCCAGCAGAGAUUUGUCAGGCGGCUUUAUUCAAAAGAUCUUCUGAUUUCUUUCGCUUCGGUGGUAGUUCACUGCUGAUGGUUGAACUCCAAAGCUUGAUUCGGAAGAAGUUUGGUGUCUCUUUGAGUUUGUUGGACUUGUUCCAGGUCAGCGCGUUGGGGGAGAUGGCUCAGAGGGUUAGAAACGCCAUGGAAAGUCUUGAGGACUGA